GACCUGGUGGAAGCCGUGGGGGAACUGUUGCAGGAGGUGUCCGGGGACAGCAAGGAUGACGCGAGCAUCAGGGCCGUGUGCCAGCGCAUGUACAACACUCUGCGCCUGGCUGAGCCACAGAGCCAGGGACACAGCCAGGUUCUUCUGGACGCCCCCAUCCAAUUGUCAAAGAUAGCGGAGAACUAUGGGAGAAGGUGACGGCUGUUUUUUAAAUCACUUUCAGACUGUGACAUGAGACUUCCAGGGCUGCUAAAGAGGGAACAGUCCUCGACAGUGAAUGCAAAGAAGCUGGAGAAGGCUGAGGCUCGACUGAAGGCCAAACAGGAGAAGCGCUCAGAGAAAGACCCGCUGAAGACCAGCAACCCUCUAGUCCUAGAAGAGGCAUCAGCCAGCCAGGCAGGUAGCAGAAAGGAGAAUCGGUUAGAAUCAUCUGGCAAGAACAAGUCCUAUGAUGUGCGAAUUGAGAACUUUGAUGUGUCUUUUGGUGAUAGGAUACUGCUGGCUGGAGCAGAUGUGAACCUGGCAUGGGGCCGCCGCUAUGGGUUGGUAGGGCGGAAUGGGCUGGGGAAGACGACCUUGCUGAAGAUGCUGGCCACCCGGAGCCUGCGGGUUCCAGCCCACAUCUCCCUGCUGCAUGUGGAGCAGGAGGUUGCCGGGGAUGAAACUCUUGCCCUGCAGAGCGUACUAGAGAGCGACAGUGUGCGAGAGGACCUGCUGCGGCGGGAGCGGGAGCUCAGUGCCCAGAUUGCUGCGGGCAGGGCAGAGGGCUCAGAAGCUGCACAGCUGGCUGAAAUCUACGCCAAGUUGGAGGAGAUUGAGGCCGACAAGGCACCCGCCAGGGCAUCAGUCAUUCUUGCUGGGCUUGGGUUUACCCCUAAAAUGCAGCAGCAGCCCACCCGGGAGUUCUCAGGAGGCUGGAGGAUGAGACUGGCCUUGGCCCGGGCCCUGUUUGCUAGACCCAUGUUACGUGUUCUUUCUUGUAGGCCAGACCUUCUGCUGUUGGAUGAACCCACAAACAUGCUGGAUAUCAGGGCCAUCCUGUGGCUGGAGAAUUAUCUGCAGACAUGGCCCUCCACAAUCCUAGUCGUCUCUCACGACCGCAACUUCCUGAAUGCCAUCACCACAGACAUCAUCCACCUGCACAGCCAGCGGUUGGACAGUUACCGGGGAGACUUUGAGACCUUCAUCAAGAGCAAGCAGGAGCGGCUGCUCAAUCAGCAGCGCGAGUAUGAAGCACAACAGCAGUAUCGCCAGCACAUCCAGGUUUUCAUUGACCGCUUCCGCUACAAUGCCAACAGGGCCUCUCAAGUGCAGAGUAAACUCAAGAUGCUCGAGAGGCUACCGGAGCUAAAGCCAGUGGACAAGGAAUUGGAGGUGGUGAUAAAGUUCCCAGAUGGGUUUGAGAAGUUCUCACCGCCAAUUCUGCAGCUGGAUGAGGUGGACUUCUACUACAAUCCUGAGCAUAUCAUCUUCAGUCGCCUGUCGGUCUCUGCCGAUCUAGAGUCUCGCAUAUGUGUGGUUGGGGAGAAUGGGACGGGAAAGUCCACCAUGCUGAAGCUGCUCAUGGGGGACCUGGCGCCUGUCCGAGGUAUCAGACACGCCCACAGGAAUCUGAAGAUUGGCUACUUCAGCCAGCACCAUGUGGAGCAGUUGGAUCUGAACGUCAGCGCUGUGGAGCUGCUGGCACGCAAGUUCCCAGGCCGGCCGGAGGAGGAGUAUCGCCACCAGCUGGGCCGCUAUGGUGUCUCGGGGGAGCUGGCCAUGCGGCCUGUUGCCAGCUUGUCUGGAGGCCAGAAGAGCCGGGUGGCUUUCGCUCAGAUGACCAUGCCCUGCCCCAACUUCUACAUCCUGGACGAGCCCACAAACCACCUGGACAUGGAGACGAUCGAGGCCCUGGGCCACGCACUCAACAGUUUCAGGGGCGGCGUGAUCCUGGUGUCCCAUGAUGAGCGCUUCAUCCAGCUGGUGUGCCGCGAGCUGUGGGUGUGUGAAGGAGGCAAUGUCACGAGGGUCGAGGGGGGCUUUGACCAGUACCGAGCCCUCCUCCAGGAGCAGUUCCGCCGGGAGGGCUUUCUCUAGGCUGCCCUAGUGGGCUGUAGGGACUGUGCCCAGAACACCGAGUGAGCUGCCGGCUGCCGGCUGUGGCCUUCCCCGACUUGGGUCAGCCUUCUGCACAAAUCUCUGCUCUUUUCGACUGGAGCAUCCUGUGCACAAUUAGGGGCCCUCAUCCGAGGGUCCAUGAGGACUGUGUCCAGGGGGAAGAAGUGGUACCUUUUGGGGUUUCAGAGUCUGCUCAGCCCCACCCACCCCAGCUGGGCCCCACGUGGCUGCUAUGUAAAUUAAACUUCUUCAUCUGCCUGCUCUGGCUGCUGCCUGGCCAGCCGCUGGCCACCUACUGAGGCUCAGGCUCUGCUGGGCAUUUGUUUCCCUAUGGAACCUCCUCACCCUGCGCAGAGACGUCCAGGCCUGGGGCACAGAGAGAGCAGCAGCCUGCACUGUGGUGGGCAGAGCGAGGAAAGGACAGCAUCUCGGUAUUGCUGCGAUGUUUAACCCAGCCUGGAGGGCCGGGAUUUAGCUCAGUGGUUCCACCUCCUGCCUCACAAGCGAAAGGUCCCGAGUUCGAUUCCCGGUACCAAAAAAAAAAAAAAAGAAAGAAAGAAAUCAUCAACCCAGCCUGGGCUGGGCCUGGGCCAGCAAUGGCGAACCUGGUAGAGCUUUCAGUGAUCCAGACAGUUCACUCUGGCAUGCAUGCCGUAAGUUUGCCACCACUGGCCUAGGCUGACAGGUCGGGCUCUGCUGUCUCAGCCCCUACGGCUUCCAAGUUUGAACUGAUUCUGGGGCCUGGCCUCACACAUGGCUCCCCGUUUUCUCCUGGGGUCUCUGGCCCAGACUCCCCCACGCUCUUCUCUGGACUCUUAGGACUCAAGGGAAAUCAUCUUUGUUCCUGUUUUGCUUGAAUGGUUUCACAUUUGUGUUUCUUUUAAGCACUAGCCCUGGGAAGAGGGGAAUUGAGAACAGUGGCUAAAGAGAAGAAAUAGAGGGCCGGGGAUUUAGCUCAGUGGUUUCGCUGCCUGCUGAACAAGCGUAAGGACCCAAGUUCGAUCCCCAGAACAAAAAAAAAGAGAAGAAAUAGAACACUUUUUUUCAGAUUAAGCAUCUUAAGAGAGGAAGCCAGGAGCAGUGGCACACUUGUCUGGUCCCAGCUGCUUGGGAGGCUGAAGCAGGGUGUUUGCUGCUUGGGGCCAGCCUGGGCAGCAUAGUGAUACCCUUUCUACAAAGAAAAGGUUUUACCAGUAUGAUUUAUAAAUGUUACCUCUGGAGGAUUUAGUUGCUAUACGAAGUAUGGAGACCUUCCUCUCAUGACAGUGGAGGAACCAGAGUCAGAAGAAGCAACUGGCCAGCCCCUUGGAGAUUCCGGUCACAAAACUCAACUGAGGAACCUUACCUCUGAGCUGCUGAGGAGAGAAGCCUAGUCAGGGGUGAUGGAGGGAAAAAAUGGGGCCCCUGUUGCCCACAGAGCAGGUCUGGUGGCCUCACAGUCCCCAGCCUCCUGGAGGUGGUGCUGCUGUGGCCAAACCUGCCAUGUCCCCCCUCGGCCAUCCUCCAGUUGCUCUCGGCCUAGUUGUUCUCACCACCAUGGGGCCUAUGCCUGUCUGUGCUCAUGGACCCCUAUAGGAGCAUGGGAGUUAGAGUUGGGUGUAAAGGAAACUCAGCUUUUCUUGGUAAGAGAAGGGGCCACCAACAGAACUGGGGUAGCCACAGCAUACCAUUUACCCUUUUGCUCAUUUUUGGUUUUUGUGGUGGAGCUAUAUCCCUGACCCUUUUUUUGGUUUUUGUUUUGUUUUGUUUUUGAGACAGUCUCACUAUGUUGAGUUUGACAUGGAAUCCACAGUGAUCCUCCUGCCUCAGCCUCCUGCCUCACCGUGCCUGGCACCUACUCAGUUUCUUUCUGAGACUUGUGAAGAUUUGCUGCCAAAGCACAAGCUAAUAAGCAUUCAGGAAGUGAUUGCUGUAUGACAGAUCUGACUUGAAGAGCUGUGUAUGGGAGAGUGGCCCUAGGUGCAGGACAGCUCAGGCAGAAGGAAAGCGGGCUUCUGCAGCUUGGGCUGCCUUCUGAGAGCUCCCGCCCUGAGACUGCAGCCCCAGUGGGUUCUAGUGCACUCUUCAGGAUACAAGGCAGCAUUCAGUGGCCUCCCCAGGGGCUAGGGUUCUAGCAUGUGCCACCAUCCCAGCUCAGGAGGAUAAAUUUGAAAAAAAGCAGAGAAUGAUCUUAAAGGAGAGAGAGUAGAGACAAAGAGCCAGUUACCAAACUGCAGCCUUACGGAGUUGGGGUCAGGAGGGAGAACAGUGGCCAGACAGCUGCAGAGCUGUCCCAACUCCACAAGUGGGCCUGGCCUGCAACACGGGCACAGCCGUGACAGGUGAAGAAACAGGUGAACACGCCGGAGCCACAUAGGAGCUGCAGCCCACUGUUCUGGGGUACUGAGGAUUAGACCCAAGGCCUCACACACUGGCAAGUGUUCCACCACUGAGCUGCAUCCUCAGCCAUUUAAGAAAACAGAAUCUCAGUAAGUUACCCAGGCUGGCCGCAAACAGGAGAGUCUCCUGCCUCAGUUUCCUGAGUAGCCAAGAUUACAGGCAUGUAUCACCAUGCCUGGCAGGAACUAUGAUGUUAAAGAUGGCCUGCACCUCAUAAUGAAGCAAAAAAGUGCAACGGAAUCUUACCUGGAACGGGUUAGAACUGUGAGAGUCUGUCUGAAACCCUGCAGCCAGGCUGUGAAAGCCCUGCAGCCUGGGCUGCCCUCCCCCGAAGGCUGACUUCGGGCCUGAUGCAGAGCUGGGCUGCCUUGGGAAAACUGGCCAGCGGUUGUGCAGGUCCAAAUCUCCAUUGUAACGUCACGUGCCAAGGAACAGUUCAGACGAGAUAGGGACCCAUGGGCCCAGCCUGCCACCCAAAGGUGUCUGUGAAGCUGCCCAGGCUGGCCAGCUCCAGGUUGGCCUGGAGGCCCGCUGUCAGCAGCUGAGCAGCCAAUGCUACCUGAGCCACCAGGAACCACUUUCACCCUGCCCGGUGGAGUCCUUGGUGCUGUGCUACGUGGCCCUUUCCCAUCCCUCAAGACAGCCCUUUCCUGCCAAUCUCAUCUCCAAAAGCCAGGUCUGUUUUAGCCUCUGCACCUCAUCCAUACCAGCGUCCUGCAGUGUAGGCCUGCACUGCCACGCACACACGCUUUACAUCUCUUCUGCCACGGAGCUGCAAAACUAGAAGCCAACCUUUUUUUUUGACAAGGUCUCACUAUGUAGUUCAGGCUGACCUUGAACUCUUGGCAAGCCUCCUGCCUCUGCCUCCUAAGUGCUGGAGUUCCAGGCAUGCACCACCACUCCCACCUAAUCCCCAUUUUGCUAUAGAGGAGGAAAUGCAGCUUUUGAUGUGGUGGGGUUGGGAUUCAAGGCUGCCAUUGUAGCUACACUACACUGCCCACCACAUUGGGCUACGGCUUUUCGAGGGCAGUGCAGUGCUGAGUAGCCGUAGCCUUUGAACCUCUUUAUCCUCCUCGUGAACUGCAUGGGCAGGAACUUCGGACGAGCUGCCCUUGGGAGAGGUGGGAAGCAGGAGCCCCUGGCACGGCGGCUGAGACAGGCCAGGUGCUAGUGAAUAAAUGGUACAGAGCUCA